AUGGAAUGGCCGGUUUUUUGCCCUUUCCACCUGUGCGUCGUGGUUCCGAAGGUGCUGUUGGAGGUUGGACAGCUGGAUGAAGGCUCGUCCGCAGUCGGGGAGAGCAGUCAUAGACCACACAAGGCUAAUCAAGCGAUGUCCGCAGCUGUUAGGUUUUACAAGAAUUCAUACAGAAAAAUGCAUUCUAAAAUUAGGUUAAAGGGUGCCAGUGUUAUUGAAUCAAGCGCGCCGUUUGAAAAAUAA